AUGUCUUUUGAUAAUAAUAAUAAGUUUAUAGAUGAUUCAAUAGAUAGUUAUAGUAAUAUAAAAAAUAAUAAUAAUAGUAUUAUUAAUAGUAGUGUAAAUUAUAAAUUUAAUGAUCAAGCAUCUGAAAGACAUAAACAAGAUGAAUAUCAUAGUAACAAUAACAAUAUAUACUCAAUAAACGAUAUAAAUAGUAAUAAUAGUGGUGGUAGUAGUAAUAGUCAUAGUUUAGACGAUGAAGAUAAUGAAGAUGACGAUCAAAAUGAAAAAUUAGUUUCAACAAACAAUAAUGUAGAUUUUAAAGAUAUAGAUAAUGAUAAUAACUAUAGUAAUGAUGAAAAACAACCACAUACUGAAAAUGGCUGCAUUCCCACCGAGAGAAGCGCUGUGGCGUCGCAAAUGGACACUGCUGAUAGCCGCGCUCUUCCAGUCGGCAACCUAUGUACUCGAGAACAUCAGUAUCGUCACCAUGUCGAUUUCACUGAACCAAAUCAUCAAGGCGACAGGUCCGGUGUUUGUUGUGUUGAUCUGCAUGGUUUGGUACCGGGAGCGCUACAGCUGGACGUCGUUACUAGCGAUCGCGAUUAUUGUUACGGGCGCGGCACUGGCCGUCUUAAACAACCCGGAUUUCGACAGGAUGGGAUUCCUCUAUUCUCUAUCGUCGACGGUGUUUGCCGCUCUGCAAACGAUCAUCAUUGCAUCGCUACUCAAAGAUCGUUCACUCAAUACGAUAACGAUCCUGACGGUGACGUCGUUGCCGUCGGCACUCUCUAUUGUGCCGCUGUUUUGCGCCAUUGA